CUGACCGCUGACUAGCGAUCGUGGUGCGAGGCUCGUGCCGCGUUUGUUUGUUUACAUCGCGCUCAGUGACUCUGUGAUUCGCGCGUUUCCACGCUCGUGUGCCCCGGAUUUUGUCUCAUGGGAAAGAUUUUCGAUCCACAUGUAUCAUCAGAAAUCUCGAAUCCGUCUACAUCAGGCCUUCAGACAAACGAACGAGAGGAAGACAGCAUGAGAAAGAAUGACGAGGAUGCCACCAAAGACAAAGACGGCGAGGGUUCCGUCACGGACUGGGUGUCGGGAGGCCCGAUCGGCUCGAAGGCAGCGGUUCUGGUCUUCCGAUCAUGUGUCCUAGCAUCGAGGACGCCUUCGAUGGAGUCGACUACGAAAACGAUCGGGAACAACACUGGCACUACCAUCCUGUUGAAUAAAGCCAAGAAUAUGGCAAGGAGGUUGGUAGCUGAACCGCAUUCGUUCAGUGUUCGGCCAAAGACAAUAAUGCACGAUGUGAUGGAGACGUUUGGGAACAGCAAUAAGUACUCCGGGCAAGCGUAUGUGGUGAGGCACGUCAGCGAGGCCGAGGUCCCGCAGACCGAGUCGGUGGAAGAGCAGGGACACGAGCCGGCGGAACACAAGAGAGACAUCGAAGACGUGUUGAACGAUCUGAGCAAGAUUACGCUGAAGAAACACCUGAAUAUAGAAAAUACGACAGCUAAUAUAAAACCUCCAGAAGAACCGCCACCCCCACCCAAAGUUGAAACCAAAGAUGAGAAAAAAGGGAAAAAGACCAAAGGAAAAAACAAAAGAAAAAAUACUCAAGUUCAAAGAACACUAUCUCCGUCCUUCGACAGCGAUGACUCUGAGCAUCUACUUGUGAAAGAAGUCGACAAUGUGAAGGUCCUAGACAGCAACCAAAUGCCAGCCCGCAUGCUGAAGAUCACGUACAAGUUAGUGAAUACAGAAACCAAGCUCCUACACCGGUUGUUGCAAGCUCAUGGCCUACAAGAAGCUUGUGCAGAAGAGAAGAACUUCAACCUGUUGUGGUCGGGACUCCAUCCGAAACCUGAUGUGCUGAGGUCUUUGUCUCCAUACCAGAGGGUCAACCAUUUCCCAAGAUCAUACGAGCUGACCCGCAAAGACAAGUUAUUCAAGAACAUCGAAAAGAUGCAGUACUUUCGCGGACUGAAGCACUUCGACUUCAUCCCCACUACGUUCCUGAUGCCUGCUGAGUACAAGGAGUUGUGCUCCACCCACUACCGUACUAAAGGACCCUGGAUCGUGAAGCCUGCUGCUUCGAGUAGGGGCAGAGGGAUCUACAUCGUUAACACGCCGGAACAAAUACCCAAAGGCGAGAACGUCGUAGUAGCCAAGUACAUAGACAAACCACUCCUCAUCGGAGGCCACAAGUGUGACCUUCGUCUCUACGUGUGCGUCACCUCCAUAGACCCUCUCCUCAUAUACCUGUACGAGGAGGGCCUGGUCAGGUUCGCUACGGUCAAGUACGACAAGACCAACAAGAACCUGUGGAACCCCUGCAUGCAUCUGUGCAACUAUAGCAUCAACAAGUACCACACGGAUUACAUCAAGUGUGACGACCCAAACGCGGGCAACAUAGGUCACAAAUGGACAUUAUCAGCGCUGCUUCGACACCUGCGGAAGCAAGGCCGGAAUACAACUGCGCUAAUGGCCGCCAUUGAAGACCUGGUGGUCAAGUCUAUCCUGUCCUCCGCACAGACCAUCACCGCUGCUGCCAGAGUUUUUGUGCCUAACUUCUUCAACUGUUUCGAACUCUUCGGCUACGACAUCCUAAUAGACGACAUGCUGAAACCUUGGCUGUUAGAGAUCAACUUGUCCCCUAGUUUGGCGUGCGAGAGCCCGCUAGACGCGCGCGUGAAGUCAGCGUUACUGGCUGACACAUUGACGCUGGUGGGUCUACCGGCGCUGCCUACCUGUGCACAGCUCGCUCCGCACGCCGCCUCGCUCAAGAUGCGCAUCGGCGCCUGUCGCCGCGUCCAUUCAGCAGAAAACGUCUUCGUCCGCGGCAAGAAUCACAGCGGGAGCAACGCGGCCGCGCCGGUGCCCAACGUGGCUGCGGCCGCUGGACUUGGAGCCCUAACUGGGGAGGAACUGAGGCUUGUGAGGGCAGUACGGGCGCAGUAUGCCAGGAGAGGCGGCUUCGUCAGGAUCUUCCCCAGUCAGAACUCUUGGCAGAAGUACUCGCAGUAUUUGGCCCUAACUGGCGAGGAACUGAGACUCGUGAGGGCAGUAAGAGCGCAGUACGCGAGGAGAGGCGGCUUCGUCAGGAUCUUCCCAAGUCAGAACUCUUGGCAGAAGUACUCGCAGUACUUGGCCCUAACUGGGGAGGAGCUGAGGCUUGUGAGGGCAGUAAGGGCGCAGUAUGCAAGGAGAGGCGGCUUCGUCAGGAUCUUCCCAAGUCAGAAUUCGUGGCAGAAGUAUUCUCAGUACUUGGUGACGUCACAGCUCCCACAGCACGACACGCGACGCGCCAAGGAGCUGGUUAAAGCACAGCUCAGUGACGGCAUGCGGCUCACGUUGGGCGAGACACGUCGCGCAUUCGGGCUGUUCCUCACGCACGUGCUGAAGCGCGUGUCGUCGCCCGCCAACGAGCUGGCCGUGCAGCACGCCGCGCUCGUGCUCCGCUUCCUGCGCCGCGCAUGCCGCACCGCACUAACAUUACCGUUGCCGUUCGUUCCCGUUCAUUCACUCGUCAUUCACUCCGCCAACGAGCUGGCCGUGCAGCACGCCGCGCUCGUGCUCCGCUUCCUGCGCCGCGCCUCCGCCACGCUCCGCAUGCCUUACAACGGCCCGCCGGCGAAGAUGUGCGACAAGGACCGCUGCGCCGUCAUCGCCAAGCAGCUAAACGACUUCCUCUACAUGUACUACCGCGAGACCGACCUCUACACCGACAGCGAGGACCGCGACGGCUGCGUCUCCAAUAUACACUUUGCGCAGUUCCUCUACUCGGCCAGUGAAGCGGACCUCGAAGACGUGCUUCUACUCCUGCUGAAGAUGGAGAACUUCGUGACCACCUUCCUGGGAGACAGCCGCAACCCCUUCUGCGUCGACCUGCCGCCCGCCAAGCUGGCCGAGGAGCCGCCGCCGCGACACACGCUGCUGCGGCACCUGGCCUCGCUGGCCCCCGUCAACACGCGCCGCUACCGUGGCCCCCCGCCGGCCGAGUGGCCCCCGCCUCCGAGUGGCCCCCGCCGCGACACACGCUGCUGCGGCACCUGGCCUCGCUGGCCCCCGUCAACACGCGCCGCUACCGGUGAGUGGCCCCCCGCCGGCCGAGUGGCCCCCGCCUCCGAGUGGCCCCCGCCGCGACACACGCUGCUGCGGCACCUGGCCUCGCUGGCCCCCGUCAACACGCGCCGCUACCGUGGCCCCCCGCCGGCCGAGUGGCCCCCGCCUCCGAGUGGCCCCCGCCGCGACACACGCUGCUGCGGCACCUGGCCUCGCUGGCCCCCGUCAACACGCGCCGCUACCGGUGAGUGGCCCCCCGCCGGCCGAGUGGCCCCCGCCUCCGAGUGGCCCCCGCCGCGACACACGCUGCUGCGGCACCUGGCCUCGCUGGCCCCCGUCAACACGCGCCGCUACCGGUGA